AUGCGGCUGCUCCUCGUCCUCCUGCCAGCACUGCUCGGUGCUGCUGCAAAGCUUCCCCUGAUCCUCUCCCAGCGGGAUGAGUGUCCCUUGGGGCAGUUUCCCUGCGGCAACCUCUCCUCCUGCCUGCCCCAGGCCCUGCACUGCAACGGGGAGGACGACUGCGGCAACGGGGCUGACGAGGAGAACUGUGUGGAUGACAGUGGGUGGCUGCAGAUCCUGGGGGACAUGCUGGCCGUGAGGAGCAGCCAGCGGGAGCUGCCGCUGGAGGAUGAGGGGGAUGUCUGUGGGCUGGAGCUGUUCCCGGCGCGGUGCCGGUGCCGGGGCAGGGCUCUGGAUUGCACCCAGCAGGACCUGCCCUCUGUCCCCUCCGUCUCCUCCAACGUCACCAGGAUGGACCUAAAAAAAAAUAAAAUCCGUUCUCUGCUGGACAACCAGUUUGCCAGGUACAGGAGCCUGAGGAAGCUCUUUUUGCAAAACAACAAGAUCCGGGUGAUCUCACCAAAAGCCUUUGCUGGACUUUCUCAGCUUAAAAUGUUGUUCCUCAGCCACAACAGGAUCACACAGCUGAAGCCCUGGGUGUUUGAGGAGCUGCAUCGCCUCGAGUGGCUGAUGCUGGACAACAACAAGAUUGCCCAGAUUGUCCCCACAGCGUUUGCAGGGCUGAACUCACUGUAUUUCCUGUACCUGUUGAACAACUCGCUGAGCCGCCUGCCCAACGCCUCCCUCUGCGCACAGAUGCCCAAGCUCAGCUGGCUGGAGCUGGAGGGGAACAGGAUCCGAGCGGUGCCCAGGGCUGUUUUCCAGGAGUGCCAGGAAUUCACUGUGCUGAUUCUGCGCAGGAACAAGCUCCGGUGGAUCCAGGAGGGGACGUUUUCCAGGCUGAACAGGCUGAUGGAGCUUGACCUGUCAUCCAACAGCCUGGACCAGCUUCCCUCCUCGCUCUUUACUGGCCUGGCAGAGCUCCAGCAGCUGAAUAUUUCCUACAAUCCCUUGAAAGAGAUCUUCCCUGGCCAGUUUGAGAGCCUGCCCCGGCUGCGGUCCCUGAGCUUGGAAGGGCUGGAGAUUCCCAACAUCCACAACCUGACCUUCCAGAAGCUGACCAGCCUCUCACACAUCUACUUCAAGAAGUUCCAGUACUGCCGCUACGCCCCCCACGUGCGCAGCUGCAAACCCAACACCGACGGCAUCUCCUCCUUCGAGAACCUCCUGGCCAGCAUCAUCCUGCGCGUCUCCGUCUGGGUCAUCGCCUGCCUCACCUGCCUCGGCAACCUCUUUGUCAUCUGCAUGCGCUCCCUGCUCGCAGCCGAGAACAGCCAGCACGCCAUGGCCAUCAAGUCCCUGUGCUGUGCAGAUGGCCUGAUGGGCAUCUACCUCUUCCUCAUCGGAGCCUUCGACCUCAAGUACUCAGGCGAAUACAACAAGCAUGCCCAGGGCUGGAUGGGCAGCCUGCAGUGCCAGCUGGUGGGCAGCCUGGCCAUGCUGUCCUCUGAGGUGUCUGUCCUGCUCCUGACCUACAUGACCCUGGAGAAAUACUUCUCCAUUGUGUUCCCGUUCAGCCACCACAGAGCUGGCAAGAAGCAGACCAUCUCGGUGCUCGCGGCCAUCUGGCUUCUGGGCUUCUCCCUCAGCAUCGUCCCCCUGUGCUGUAAGGACACCUUUGGGAACUACUACGGGAGGAACGGGGUGUGCUUCCCGCUGCAGUCCGACCUGGGCGAGCGGCCCAGCGCCCGGGGAUACUCUGCCACCAUCUACCUGGGCUUGAAUCUCGCAGCCUUCAUCACCAUCCUCUUCGCCUACUCUGGCAUGUUCUACUCCAUCCACGUCACCGCCUCCAAAACAGCAGAGGGAGGCGCCUGCUCCCGGGAAGUCGCCAUCGCCAAGCGCUUCUUCUUCAUCGUCUUCACCGACGCGCUCUGCUGGAUCCCCAUCUUCCUCCUCAAGCUGCUCUCCCUGCUGCAGGUGGAAAUACCAGGCACCAUCACCUCCUGGGUGGUCAUCUUCAUCCUGCCCAUCAACAGUGCCCUGAAUCCCAUCCUCUACACCAUCACCACCACCUCCUUCCAGGAGAAGGUGAAGGGUUGCCUGCAGAACAAGCAGCUGGAGCUGCACGAGUCCCACCCCAGCUUCACCCUGGUGCCACUGCAGGCCAGCAGCACCUGA